CUUUAGUUCAAUACUUCGGAGUUCGGACAGAACACAAAAACAAAAACAAAAAGUCAUCUUCCAAGUACAAAAGUUGCUGCGUUGACUCCGGCGAACAACGAUGAUGAAAGGAAUUUCACUUUCUCAAUCGAACACUUUCCAGCCAAACAUCAUCAAAUUCAAUCGAACAAAGCCUCUUCCGACCAACACUUCCAAUCCAAUCCUCCCUCUUCGGCGAAGAUCCCUCCGUGUCCUCUCUCUCUCCAUCGACACAUCAUCAAACCCUAAACCCACCGCAACCCCCCACGCGCCUCCUCUAGUAGUCGUUGGAUCCGCGAACGCAGACAUCUACGUUGAGAUCGAAAGACUACCCAAAGAAGGCGAAACGAUCUCUGCCAAAACAGGUCAAACCCUAGCCGGAGGAAAAGGCGCGAACCAGGCCGCGUGUGGCGCGAAGCUUGAUUACCCGACUUACUUCGUAGGUCGUCUGGGAGACGACGCGCACGGGAAGCUGGUCGCUGGCGCGUUAGGGGGUGGUGAUGGAUCAGGAGGGUGUGGGGUCCGCUUGGAUCACGUGAAGUGGGUGAAGGAUGAGCCGACGGGGCACGCGGUUGUGAUGUUGCAAGGGGAUGGUCAGAACUCUAUUAUUAUCGUUGGUGGUGCUAAUAUGAGAGGGUGGUCUGAGGGGAUGGGGGAUGAUGAGCUUGAGGUUGUGAGGAGUGCUGGUGUUGUGUUGUUGCAAAGAGAGAUUCCUGAUUACAUCAAUGUUCAAGUUGCUAAGGCUGUGAAGAAAGGAGGUGUACCGGUAAUCCUCGACGUGGGAGGAAUGGAUACGCCGAUUCCGGAUGAGCUAUUUGAUUCCAUAGACAUCUUGAGCCCGAAUGAGACUGAGCUUAGUCGAUUGACUGGAAUGCCUACUGAAACUUUUGAAGAGAUUAAGCAAGCUGUAGCAAAGUGUCAUAAGAUGGGAGUUAAUAAAGUCUUAGUGAAACUUGGUUCCAAAGGGUCUGCGUUAUUUAUAGAAGGGGAAAAACCGAUUCAGCAGUCAAUUAUACCAGCUGCACAAGUGGUGGAUACUACAGGAGCUGGGGAUACUUUCACAGCAGCAUUUGCAGUGGCUAUGGUAGAGGGAAAGUCACAUGAGGAAUGUCUGAGAUUUGCUGCUGCAGCUGCUUCUCUAUGUGUCCAAGUAAAGGGUGCAAUACCCAGCAUGCCUGAUCGAACAUCCGUCUUGAAGCUCCUUCGGUCUAGUACUUAAAACUGAUACUCUUUCAACUCAGUCUUCUUGCGAAUAAAAGCUAUUCAGAUCACGAGAGAAGAGGUAAGUGGUUACAUUAGCUACAUCAAAGAAAUGAUUGUGAAUAAUGUAAUCCCUGUUUCUGCUUCUUUGAGCAUGAAGUCCUUUUUAACUUGUCUCGUGUUGUGAGUUGGCUAAUUUCAUCAUUUUCAAAGAGUCAAACCGAUCCAACAGAAUGUUAUUACUAAGAGAUAUCACCAAUGAAAAGAAUUAAAAGUG